CCUUGGUUUGUUAUUUGGAACUUUGCACUUUGAUUAACGUACAUUUCCUGUUGUGUUCUUUGCUAAACUAACUCGGGCUCUUUUAUUUGCAAUCUUUGUUAAUUAUGGCUCUGAAGUCUUGGUGUUUACUGGUGGCAACUGUUUUAUUAUGUGAAAAUGGAUCAAUGGAACUUCCCCCUCCUUGUGACAGCCAUAUCUAUUGUACUGGAGAGCUUCUGAAACAAGUGCAAAUGGCCAGACUUUUUGAUGAUGACAAGUAUUUUGUGGAUAUGAAGUUACAGAUGAAUCCAGAUGUCGUUUGGGAAGCUUUCAAAAACCUCACCACUGCCUCACCUGCCAGGAACCUAACAAAGCAUCAGCUGAACAAUUUUGUCCAAACAUACUUCGAAGAUCCCGGACAGGAGUUUGAGAAAUGGACACCAGAGGACUGGAGUGACCAGCCGCAAAUCCUCCAGAGGAUUUCUGAUCCGAAUCUGCGACUUUGGGCUACAGAACUGCACGCUUUCUGGAAAUCUCUAGGGAGAAAGAUUAAAGUGGAUGUACAGUCCCACCCAGAACUGUAUUCCCAGAUUUAUGUUCCCAAUCCAUUGGUUGUACCUGGUGGUCGCUUCAGGGAAUAUUAUUACUGGGAUUCUUACUGGAUAAUAAAAGGACUUCUGAUCUCUGAGAUGAGUAAAACUGCUAAAGGGAUGAUUGAAAACUUCCUGUAUCUCAUCCACAGAUUUGGCUUCAUCCCGAAUGGAGGACGAGUAUAUUAUCAGCGCAGAAGUCAACCACCAUUCCUGGCAUUAAUGGUAGAGAGCUACAUCCUUGCUACAAAUGACAAAGCCUUUUUGACGGAAUGCAUUGGUCUCUUAGACAAGGAGUAUGAAUACUGGAUGAAGAAUCGAUCUGUCUCUAUCACCUUAGGAGGCAAAACUCAUCAUCUGAAUCUGUAUAAUGUUGAAGCAGCUGGCCCCAGGCCUGAGUCCUACAGCAAGGAUGUAGCAUUGGGACAGACUCUAUCAGAAGCUGCCCGGCAAGACCUGUGGGUGGAGCUGAAAACAGGAGCGGAGUCUGGCUGGGAUUUCUCAUCGCGCUGGUUCAUUGACUCCAAUGGAGAGAAUAAUGGGACGUUAAAAGAUACAAAAACCAGGCACAUCAUUCCUGUUGAUUUAAACUCCAUCCUUUGCAGGAACGAGCAAAUCUUGGCAUUGUUUCAUAAGCAGCUGGGUAACUUUGCUAAGGCUCAGUUCUAUAACGAGGCCAGGAGCAAACGGAUUGAUGCCGUGCAUGAAGUUCUCUGGGACAAAAAACAGGGAAUUUGGUUUGAUUACAACUUAAUGAAUAACAGGAGCAAUGCUGCAUUCUAUGCUUCCAACUUGGCUCCCCUCUGGGCUGAAUGCCUUGCUGAACAGGUUCCAGGGCAGGCUGCAGAGAUGGUAAUCCGUUACCUCGAGGACCACCAACUCCUUGGGUAUAGGAAUGGAAUCCCAACUUCCCUGGUGCCAAGUGAUGAGCAGUGGGAUUACCCCAAUGCCUGGCCACCCCUCCAGCAAAUCAUCAUCGAAGGUUUGGCAAAGUCUAAAUCUGAAAGAGGUCAGAGAAUUGCAUUCCAGCAAGCACAGAAGUGGAUUCAAUCAAACUGGGGUUUGUACAAAAAGCACCAAGCCAUGUUUGAAAAGUAUGAUGUGAAUGGUGACAGUCAACCAGGCGGGGGCGGAGAAUAUGAUGUACAGGUGGGGUUUGGAUGGACAAAUGGAGUGGCUUUAGAGCUCUUGGAUCAGUAUGGAGACCAACUCGCAUCAGGAGUCAUGGAGCUGACCAGCUUCACCUUGCAUGCUGUACUUCCAAUCUGUCUUCUGUUCCUUCAUUUCCAAUAAACUAGCAAUAUUGUCAAAAAAGUCUUAAUUUAACUUCCAUUGUCAAUCAGCCACAGCUUGUCCAGUUGGGUAUGGUAAAGGAUUCAGCUUGGUGACUGAAAUGAGAGGGGUGCAUGGAGGGCAUGAAUGUAUUUCUAACAAAAAAAAAGUUGAUUCUGUGGUGAUUGUGCUGAGGUGUGAUUUCUGUUGGUGGAAGUUGUUGCUCUUUUCUGUCAAU